AUGCAAUCCGAGUCCCAGGCGCUUUCCACAACAGCAGUCACCGAAAACACGCCCCGAACCCCGACAUCAACCUCCCAGCAUGGCAUCCACGACUACGAUGGCAGCCCAGAGGGCAACCCGUCUCCGACAGACGAUGUUGGUGCAGAGUCGCCAAUAUCUGCCGAGCAGCUUGCCCUCGACGCAGCACUUGCAGCUUCGUUGCAAGAUAUCGGCGCCGCGGCAUCUUCUGAGAACCGAGGAUUGAACAUACGGGACACGCCCUCGCCACCAGCAUACAAUCGCAUUGUAGAGUAUGAGCAAGCUGCGACACCGUCUGCUCGAAAGAAAGAUGAAGGGCCUGUGUUUGAAGUGGUCAAGAAGGCGCGAAGUCCAAACGACAAACGCUCGCCAAUUCAGGACUUGCCGAAUGAGAUCUUGACGCACUCUUUGGCGCAUCUGACUCCUUCCGAUCUGGCGUCCAUGUCUCUUGUUUCCAAGCGAUUUCACGACUUAGUGACGGGACCCCAUGCGUGGCGAACAGCUUUCGCGCACUACUUUCCUGGCCCAGACUCUAUCAAUGCGAUGCUGCAGGAUGAUUCCGACGAUGACCAAGCCGUUGUGCGAUCAGAGAAACGCGCCUUCACGCGUCUCACAGCGCUCGCAUCUUGGAGAAGCGAGUACAUCAUGCGAACACGGCUUUUGAGGUCUUUGUCUCGCGGCAAGCCAGUGCCUGCUCCUGCGUCUACCCAUACUCCACGCUCGGGUCAUGCUGCUAUUUCAGCACCAAUUACAAUGUACAGCUCCCAGCUGCUGACAUCGAUUAAUCACUUGCACGCAACCUAUGGGAGCGGGCUGAACAAACGCUUCCCGAGAUUCGUUCACGGUGCAGAUGAUUACGGCACCGCGACUAGCAGCGACCCAAGUGCCGCCAAAGUCGACCCAUGGGGACUUUCGGAUCCCAAUACUUUUCUCCAGUUUGCGGAGCGUUUUCCAGGAGACUCGCAGUACGGACUCGGGCCGGGAGAAGUCAUCGGUGUGCCCAACGUCAUGGACGUGAGUCAGCCGUACGGUAUGGUCUUUGGUGAAGGAUCACCCGGAGGCAUGACAUAUUACCGUUCUACCGAAGAGAUGCGUGGGCGUUUCUUGACAUUCUCCUCCGCAAUGUCGAAGCCGGAUCUUGGAAUCCCAAAAUUCUUGUCGUCCAACGAGGCCAUCACCUCUGUUUGGCUGGCCAAGUCUCCUGCGAUACCUGCCUUGUCCGAAGGCUUGAUCGGCAUCAUGUGCGGAUCAUCCUUGGGUGUACUUACUGCCUACAGCCUUGGGUCCAUCAAUGCAGGCAAUCACCGCGACCAGCGCUUCGGACGCGGCGAAAUGACCGCUCGAUGGGUUUUGAGUCCCGGCGUGCCCAUCAUUGCGAUUGUGGUUGAUAACGAAUACAGCCUGAAACGAUACGCUCAGAAUCGCAUAUGGGCUGUGGUGCUCAAUGCUCUAGGCGAAGCAUUCUACCUGACCAAAUUUCCGAAGCGGCCACAUAUUGAUCGUAGUAUUCGUAUGGACGACGAGAUGAUUGAGCGCACCGCUUGGUCCUCUGGCCGGACCGUAUACUGGAAUGCGAUCGAGCCAAGUCGGCGCGUUGCAAAGCUGGACCCAUACGCCGAUUCUGGCGUCGAUGGUAGCUAUUCUCCGCGAUCAUCCUGGAAUGGCAUGUGCCUCAGCAAGGAGCAGACUAAGGCUGAGACGCACGAGAUUGAGGACUUCGCUUCUCGGAAACCUAAAGACUUCCAAAGAACAUGCGUUGGCUGGGAUAUGCGCAGAAGGCUCGAAGUGGACUUCGCGGGAGACGACGGCAAUAACGCAGGCGAGAAUGUGGUUGUGUUUGAGUGUGGGCUUGAAGAGGAGAGCACUCCACUCGUGAAGCGCUACACGCGAUGCAGAAUCCUGCAAAAAGCAUCAACGGACACUGCAUCCACCCCUCCACUGACUGCCGGCAGCACUGAACCAUCUACUCCGCCGUCACUUUUUGGUGGUACUACAUCUCCUGCGCUAGCACCUACCUCGAGCCUGUCCUUCGACCGCCUCGAGGAUAAUCUUUCGCAAGAUGGCUUCGACGGAUCUGCCACACCUCGUCAGAUGACCGAAGAGUGGCGCACAUCGGAGUUUCUUCUCGGUGGGCUGAAGAAUGUCCAGAUGCUGACCACUGCUGUCGAUAACUCCACAUUUGCAACCCAGACCAUGUCCGAAGAUCCUCUGCUGGGCUUUUCUGGCAUGUCCACAGCAUCCUCGCCCUCGCUCACCCCAAUAUCGGCCACGGAGCCUGGAGUCAAUGCCGCGGACGUACCAGGUCAACGUGCACGCCUUUGCGCCGUCGGCACGAAGCUUGGUACAGUCUUGCUAUGGAACAUGCGUGGCCCAGUGUCGCGAUCAGUCGAGGCGACGAAUAUGCUGGAACCUGUUCGGAUCGUCUACACGGAUUCUCCGCAGAUCUCUUGCUUGGCUCUGUCGUCUUUGUAUCUUGUUCACGGCGGCAACGAUGGUCUUGUCCAGGCGUGGGAUCCUCUAGCAUCAGACACGCAGCCGAUCAGAACGCUCAACUCGCGAUUCUCGUCCCGCGCUCGUCGUCGACUGGUCCAAGCCCAGGCAUCAGCCCAGGGCGUUGGCAUCAACAUGUACGCUGCUGGAGCGUUGAGCUUGGAUCCAGACCCUACAGUGCUGCGAGGAAUGGUCUCGCUUGGCAAUCAGCUUCGGUACUGGUCGUACAGCUCGUCUGCCGCCGAUCAGUACAAGUCGCACAAGCGUCGGCUCCGUCGAUCUGAGCGAGGCAGCAACAAUGGUGGCGAGCGCUUCUCUGGCGCGACACGAACCAACCUCAAGGAUUACAUAGCCAAUGAGAAAUUCGAGCUGGACCGCGAGAAGCAGCUGCGACAGAAGGACGCUCAGCGCUUCGCGGGUAGGUUCGGUACAGAGCUCCUUGAUGGCAGCGAAGAGGAGAUGCUUGCGUAUGCGGCCAUGCUUAGUCAAGAAACGCUGGAGCAAGAGAGCAGACGACGGGUAUCAGAUGCUAGCACCGCCUUUAGCACUGCGGCCAGCAGUAUCGGUCAAAGCAACUGGUCAACAGCUGAUGCAACGCCAGCAUCUCCCUCUCCUCGCGAGGUCGCUCCCAGAACGGACGAUGAGCUGGAUGCUGAUAUUGCUGAGGCGAUCCGUCAAAGCUUGGCUGCAUCUCCUGGAGCUGGCUACGACAUUCCCAUCCGUCAUGCUAAGCCCAGGAACAAGAAGGCUCCAUCUGCAAAGUCGUCGCCGCGAUUGGCUGGCAAGAGCAAAGAGGCUGAGAUGAGUGAUCUGGACUUUGCUUUGCAAUUGAGUCUGGCCGAGGAGCAGAGUCGGCGGUCUUUAGAAGAGAGCGAGCCGUUUCCAGGUCUGCCGGUUGCGUCUGGUCGGGGCAAAGGAAAGGGCAGGGAGAGGGCGUAG